GUUACCAUGGUAAAAGCUUGUGUUAUCAUAGCAGUUCCAUAUUGAUAUUAUAAUAAUUCUCCUGAUGAUUACAUAAAAUGUACGUCUUGACAGUUACGCUAAUGGUAACUGUUCUUUAGAUAAACGACUUUAGGUGGAGAGAGUCAUUUAUUGACAGUCUCGCUUUAUCAGUGCUGUUUACUGAAAAGCUCACUCGCUUCCAGCGGCUCGUUCUCUCGGGCGCGUUCUCGCGCACAGAAUUCCUGGCUCAGGCUGCCGUUGAGCGCGCGCUCGAGAAGCCGCGGGAACGGCGCUGCCUGGUGGACGGAUUAGAAUAGGGUUGUGAACUCCUGUGCCGCCCCUGCUGUUGUCUGUCUAUGAAGCCGAAUCCACGUACAGUGACACUUGUAUGAAUAAGUGUGAAUCCGAAUUCCAAUGUCCACCCCUGGAAAUAACGUUACGAGUAAAUUGCGUUGAUAGAAAGCGGAUUUGGUUUAUGACAGAUGAAUUUGGGAGACGCUAAGAUCAGACCUCCUGUAGGGAGGAGAAUGAAGGCCAAGGCCCCCCCUCCACCUCAACCCCCUCAGCCUGCCCCCCGCAGGAUCUUCCGUAAUGCCGUUCCUGAUGGAGGAGGAUCUUCAGGGGGAGACAGCAAGGAAAACAUGCUUCGACCCUCUGUGGAUCUCCAUAUCAGUCUGCCUUCAGGGUACCAGACCACCGUCAGUGUGGAUGGCAGAAAAGCUCUGAUGGAUUUGUUGGUGGAUCUGUGCAGUCAGUAUCAUCUGAAUCCAGCAUAUCAUACUCUGGAGCUGUUGUCACCCGAUGCUCAGCCCAUCAUCUUUAAGCCCAACGCCCUGCUUGGGGCCCUGGACGUCUCCUGCGCCCUGAUCAAAGAACGAGUGCUGGAGGAUAAGGUGAUCCGGAAACCUCCACCCAAAGUGCCAGAGAAAACGGUGCGUUUGGUGGUGAACUAUCACCGCAGUCAGAAGGCCGUGGUUCGAGUAAAUCCAUCAGUCCCCCUGCAUACCCUGGUGCCCGUGAUCUGUCAGAAGUGCGAGUUUGACCCGGCCCAUGUCUUGCUGUUCAAAGACAAUAUCAGCCACCAACAGCUGGACUUGGACAAGUGCCUGAGCGAGCUGGGUAUCAGGGAACUCUAUGUCCUGGAUCAAACACUAGCUGAAUCUCUUCACUCCAACAGUCUGAGUGGAUCGGAGAAAAAGGGUCUGCUAGGCUUCCUGAAGUUUAAUCGCAGGAAAUCAAAGGGAAUGUCGGUGACAAGCGGUCCAUGUGUGGAGACCCGUCCUAGCACUCUGGGUCAGUCUCAGUCUGUGAUGAACAUCUCCAAGAUGUCCCCAAAAGUGGAAUUAAAGAAACGCAGAGCUCCAGCUCCCCCAACAGCUCCCACACAGACUUUACCACUGACAUCACAGAUAAACCUCAGCUCUCCAUCCUCACACAACCAUCUUAAGAAGCGGAAGGCUCCAGCACCUCCACCCACACCGUCGCCCGAACCAGUUAUUUCCACUUCUAUGCCUACUGCAUCUGUGUGGGCCCCCUGUGUCCCAGUGCCAGUUGAAAGGACCCUGCUGCCAUCUCCCAGAGCCUCAACUCCAGCCGAUGAUUCUGAUCUGAGCCAUAGUAUUGAGGAUUCAGAGCCAGCCAGGUCCAUCUGUAGUAGCUCCGGCAGUGAUGUAGCUGCGGGAUCCAGCAGCAGUAGUCUAGCUGAAGAACCUGUAACACAUCAGGUUCAUGUGAUAGCUGCAUACACCACAUAUACACCAGAACCUGAACCAGAACCAGAAUAUGAACCUGAACCUAAACCUGAACCUGAACCUGAACCUCAACUUAAACCUGAACCUAAACCUGAACACAAGGAAGAAGCAGCUCCUCAGACUCCAAAAGAAUCUCCUCAAGAACCAGGUCCAAGUUCAGAGGAUCAAAUGCCAGAAGACCCAGAGCUAGAGAUGGAGCUAAAAAUGGAAGAGAUGGAGAAUAACCGUAAUAGUGGAAUAGCCUGGCUGCAUUCAGCACAUGAGUCAGAGAAGAUGGCAGAGCAGGAAGUGGAAAUGUUGUCUGUUGCCAGGAGUGAUAGUUUUGCAGACCAGGUUGCAGCAUCAGAGGGCAUGGCUGAGGAGUCCGUCCCGGUCUCUCCCUCCAAAAGGAUGCAAUCUGUGUCACCCAUGUCUUUAAACACCAGCUCAGCACUGCCUGGUAACCAGUCCAAAGACUCUUCCAGAAGCGAUGAGGGUUGUGCAACCUGGGGCUCCAGACAAAGUACUGGAAAUAUUCAGCGAGGACAUCAGUCAAUCAAGAGACAAAAUGGAUAUGAAGAAGACCCAGAGAUUACUGCUCAGAUUCAUCUUACCCUGGCCGAUCUAGAUGCAAAUUUGGCAGACAUUAAUCACUCAGAAGGAACAUCUGUGUUUAUGGAUGAUGAAAUACCUGUGUCCAUUGUUGACAUGGACAUUCCAGUGACAACCAUUGAUGAAGUUCUUGAUGAUGACCGGUGCAGCUCAAGUGAGUGCGAGGCAGCAUUGUUACACAGCUCUCAAAACAUCACUAGCCAAUUGUGUGCACCAAGUGAAGUUAUCGAAAAUAAAAACAACAAUGCCUGUGGGACAGAGAAGAAACAGUCUGUCCCCGAAAGAAGUCCAUCCCCAGACAUAAAGAAGCAGUCACAAGAGACUACACUCACAGUUAUUGAGAAAACCAUGAAUCCAUCUCCAACCAAUGAGAAGCCAUCACAAGCUACUAAGCUUGUGGAACAGAAGCGGGACAAUAUGGAACAGAAAGCUGUCUUUAACUCUGAGACUAAGAGUAAAGCUGUAACUGAAGAAUUGAAGAGUCAGAAAGACAGUGUUUCACGGAAGUCCCAAAAUUCUGUGCGUCCUGCUGUUCAAAGCGUUCAAAAAGUUCCUGAUGAGAGACUGACAACGGCACCUAUGGUUCAGAAGUUCAGAACAGACACUGCUUAUGAGGAAAGGACACCUAUCACCAGAGUCCCAACAACUCAGGGUAAGAUCACCCAGAGUUCCUUCUCUCGCUUUGGAAUGAAAACCUUCACAGUCAUCCCUCCCAAACCGACUGUGUCUCAGACCAAGCCUACAGGCUCUCUAGUCAUAGGUGCCAUUAAGAUUGAUGAACAGGGCAACAUGGUUACUCAGAAACAAAUUUCCACUGGCCCAAAGAAAAAUGGCAAUCCCAGUGUUGAAGCUAGUACAGAAACAUCCCCAUUGGACAAAGCCAAAGCAUUCUGGAGCACUGCAGAGAAGCAAGACCAAACAGCUACGAUCAACCAGGGACCUAUAAUAAACAAUAGAGAUACUGAUGUGUUCAAACCCUCGAUUGUGUCUGAAGUCUCUAAACUUUCAGUGGAAACACCUCCUGAAGAAACACACAAAGAGGUCAUUAUAGUGGAAAGGAAGCCCAUAUCUGUAGUGGCGAGUAAGCCUUCAUUCCCAGAGCCUGCAGAAAAGCCCUCUUUAACAGCUGAAAGGCGAGAUUUCUCUUUUCUUAUACCCUCCAGAAGAACCUCCAGCCAAUACGUAGCUUCUGCCAUUGCUAAAAACAAUAGCAUUCCCAACACUAAAACAGAUAUCAAGCAGGCGCCAUCAGAGUCCACUGUUGGUGUUCAAAAACCUGUAAAUCAACAGUUUAAUAGUGAGGUUAGACUUACAAACAUACAAAAACCUGCUAAUGCUUUCAAACCCCCCGAAAAUUCAGUGCCUUCUUUUGGACACCCUAAACACCUGCAAAGUUACUUCAGUCAUGUUGCAGAAAAGCCAGCAAGUUCUGAGAGAAUAAGCAGUGUUGAAAAAGGCACUCUGCAUGGGGAAGACAGAACCAAAUCUCUGGACUCACAUCCCUUAAAUAUCAAAAUCCAGCCCUCUACACAUAUGUCUGCUCAAAUUAAACCCAUGGAAUCUUCCUCUGAAGAAGCCAUAUCAAUCAAUAAGUUCUCAGACACCUCUGCCAGACAGACGCCAACAGACACCACACGUCCACCACUUACAAAGAAGCCAGAGUUACACGAUUCUGAGAUUCCGUCUGAACCAAACCAGGGUAACUUUUUUGGACCGGUUAAGAAGUUCAAGCCUGUUAUUUUUAAGCCUGUACAGAGGGAAACUUCUAUCCAUAGCUCGCUAAUGGAGGCCAUACAAUCUGGAGAGGGCAUUGAACGGCUCAGAAAGGUGUCUGACUCAUCUAUGAAGAGCACAGUUAGAAAGCUGUCUAACAAUGAUGCAGACAAUGAGCAUUCAGCGCUUCUUUCAGCAUUAAGAGCUCCAAGCAACUCUGCAAGACUGAAGAAGACCAAAUCAGGAGCAGCUAAGGAGUUGGAGCAGCUCAGGAAGCUUGAGGAAGACAGAAAUGUCCAGAGAGAUGAUAUCUCACCUCCUCCUACUUCUUCUCCUGCUUUUGUGCCACCCCCACCUCCAGCUUUCGUUCCUCCCCCACCUCCACCUUCAGCUCCAGUCAAGCCCCCUCUAGUGCUGCCUGCUGGAGGAAACCCAGAGGUGGCCCGAGAGGCUCUUCUGGAGGCCAUUCGCUCAGGCUCUGGGGCUCAGCGACUGAGGAAGGUCCCUGUCACACAGACAAGACGGCAAGUGAAUGGAAGACUUGGAACCAUCCAGGCAACAUCACCGCUUUCUUAUGGACACUAGAAACCUUCACUGGAUCACCGUUUGGGUUUACCCAUGGCCAAAUCUGGUGUUUAAGCAUUUGUGCUAAUGCUGUUGCAGAUAAUGCUAACACAAUAUUCACAGCCUUCUAUAUUUAUAGUGAUAAGCUGCUUCACAUCAGUGCCAAUACUAAUUAGCCUAGUUUCAGGCAGUUUAUGUCCUACUGACAUUCUAAUGAUGACAUUGAAGGUCUGUGUUAAUGCUGCUUUGAGUUUUUUUUUUUUUUAUAUAUAUAUAUGCCUGCCUGACUUCUAUAUCUUUAUCAGUAUUAUACCUGAAUAUAUUAUACAGGUAUUUGCUGUUGCAUCACAGUAUAGGUGGUGGGCUGCAAUUGAAUCCAUCUGCCAAUCACAGCAGUCUGUUUUUUGAUUUUUUUCUUUUUUUAAGGAACACUAAGCGAUAAAAUGGAAAACACUGAGAGAUUUUUAUUUAAUCGUUAUUAUUAAAGGUGUUUCUCUCAAUGUUUUGUUAUUUUCCAAAUAUAUAGAUACUUAUAAUUAGAUCACAAACUAUUUUCAUUAGAAAUGUGGACUAGAAAAGUAUGUAUCGACAAUGAACCCUUCUUGACACUCUUUGAAGAAUUGUGAUACAGAUCAGUAGAUACAGAUGCUGUAUAUUUGACCAACACUAAUGCACUUUCUCUAAGACUAAUUAUUUUGAAAGCCUUAUAGAUACUGUAUGAUUGGACAUAAUGUAAUCAAUUCCUUUUUAUCAGUCUGCUGAACAACUGUGAUCUAGAGUUGUCAUGGUAAUUCAGCUUUAAUUUAUUCCAUUGGGAAAAUCAUAUACUACUUUAAUUAGAAUAAAUUGUUUAAUAUAUUUACACAAGCUGUAAAUGUAUUUAUGUUGUUGCAAUUUAGCAUUAUAGACUAUAUGACUGUAUGCCUGUACAGUGGUAAUCUUAUUGGAUAAAUGACUUGGAUAUAAGUCAACGGGUGGAUAUUUUGUAAAAAUAUACCUGACACUAAUAUAGCAAGUUUUAAAUCUGACACUAAAGUUUUUUUGAUUGCAACACAAACUGAAUCAAACUUGUAAAUCAAUAAAAAAAAAUAUUUUACAGUCUUUCCACUUA